UUCAACAUCUAGUCGGGCAACAGCAACGGUUGACUUCUCGGGGUGCGUUCCUGGCAAGAGGUUCAGUUAGCAGCGCGUUGCCAGUCUGUGAGGGUGGUCCACUUUCUCUUGUUCAACUUCGGCAAAAAGUGAUACUGGAAGUCUUUUGUUUCCAUCAAGGGCCGAGAAGAAAGGGAGUAGAUUGUCUACAAGAACUCCGUAGGCGAGAAAUGCAGUGAAAGAAAUUAAUUCACUGUGAUCUUUGAUUUUCGCCCGUGUUCAUUCUGCAUCAGACGGCAUCGUCCUCUUCAUUUCCACCACCUUGGCAAGCAAGUGAAUGAAGAUGGGUUCGUUGGUCCAGUUUUUUGUCAUGUGUGUGGCCGUGACGGGAGUCCUCCCCGACAGCUCUGAAGAGGAAUCAGCGAGAAGUGGGAGACAAAUGUUCGACAGUUCUCCUGGUUACAAAAAUCGCGAAACAGUUCGACUUCCCUUAUGCAGUGUGGACGGGACCGUAGGAGCUUGUCUGAAACAGUCAAAGUGCCUGGGAGCAGGAGGCUCCUAUGCUGGAUACUGUGGCCUCUCCAAGGACAUUUGCUGUGUUAUUGACCACACUUGCGGGGGUUCUAUGAGGUCCCACCACGCCUAUUUCAGGAACCCGUCAUAUCCUGAAAAAGACGACGAAGCUCGACCCUGUAUUUUUACCAUAGAUAUCGGGCGAGGCGUCUGUGGAGUCAGAUUAGACUUCGAGAAGUUCGAAUUGGCAAAAUUUGAAGAUGGCGUUUGCAUCCGGGACACACUAACGAUCCUCGGCACCAAGAAAGGGUCUACAACCCCUAUUUGUGGGAACAUGACGAACUGGAGUACAUCGUUUGCUGUUGAGGAGAGGAGUGAAGUACAGCUGGCUAUGGUGGUUCAGGGCGAUCCGGAAUACACCUUCUCCAUAAGUGUUACCCAGCUGGCUUGCGACGACGUUGCCGUGUUUAUCUCACCCACAUACGCCGGCAUCAGGAACAGCGAUGCUGCCACUUACACUCCAACAACAACGACGAAGGACCCCUUGCUCUCCCUCCUCAAGCCCUUGCUUCCCACCACAUCCAAACCUGACGGCGAGGACACUUCUGAGGGCACUCCUGCCUCAACGACCAUCGGACCAGUGGCAGAAGAAACCACAGAAGUUGACACUGAUGAUAACGAGGGCGACGCUGGAGAUGAUGAUGAUGAGAAAGAUGAUGCUGUUGAUACGACAGAUAAUCCGGAAGAAGUUGGCCCCACAACUCUUAAAGUCGAUACAAUUCCCAAGCCUGUUAUUAGAGAGGUUCAAAUCAGAGCUCCAGAAACUGAUUUCGAUGACGGAGUCUACUUGGACACAAUUGAUUCUACACCAGCUAUAUCAGCUUUUAGGCGAGCCUUCGAACUGAGAGUGAACGACAAUUGCUUUCAAUACGAACCGCGCGAAAAGCCUUCCUUCAGGAUCAUUGGAGGAAGUUACACUGGCGUUAAUGAAUAUCCUUGGCAGGUGGCGCUGGUGUACAACAAAAAAUUCUUCUGCGGAGGAUCCUUGAUCAGCGAUCGCCAUAUUUUGACUGCUGCUCAUUGUGUGUUCGGGAGCUUCUCCAAAGGUUUGGAUAAACUGGUCGUCAGUUUGGGAGACCACGACCUCAGCACAAAGAACGAGUCAAACCACAUCGUUGCUAAAGUGAAGCACAUCAUGUGGCAUUUGCACUACAAUCCCCACACGACGGAAAAUGACAUCGCCCUCAUGGAGUUGGAAGAGUCCGUCCCCUUCAGUUACGGAGUUAGUGCUGUGAAGCUGCCCAAUGAUUUAGACGACAUGUUCGAAGAGGCGAACGCUACCGUGACUGGCUGGGGUCGUUACAGCGCUCGCUUGAAGUCCACCAGUAACGUGCUGAAAGAACAUACAGGACCUCUCAUGGAAACCAAAGAAUGCCUCGCUGCCUGGGAUAAAUUCCCGGGAAUUUCGGCGAGGUUCCCUGAUCAUGUGUGCUUUGAUGUCACCAUGGGAACUCCCUGUCACGGUGACUCGGGCGGCCCUCUGGUUGCGUGCACUGGCGUGCAGUGCACCCAGAUCGGCGUGGUCAGCUUCGGUUUCCCUCUGUGCACCAACGUAGGCCUACCAGCCAUUUUUUCCCGCGUUUCCGCCUACAAGGGCUGGAUCGACAUGAACCUUACACCUCUGGAUUUCGCUCAUUCGAUCUAAUGUUUUGGGGAGAAGAUGAGACGCUGAUAAAGAACGCUGCUAAAUGAAAGAAAGGUUUGGUGUUAAAAAGUGGGAUGGCAAUGAUGCGAUCCAAAUGAAGAAGCGGCUGGAAACAGUCUGGGAGGAAAUGAAGCUUGGUAAGUUGAAUAAACGCGAUUACAGAAAAUGAAUAUCUCAAAAUGAUUCUUGACUAAUAGAACCAGUAUAAUUCAACCGAACGACAGAAGGAAAUAUUUAGACAGAUUUCUCCUUCGAAAAUGAAAAAUUUUCAGUUACUCCGUUAAGGCCCAAAAAAUUCUCUUGCACCAGGAAAAUGGAACGUCGCAGACGACCGAAGUCAGCGGAAAGUUUUACUUGGCCAGAAAGCAAUGAGUGUAGAGAAAUGACUGAUGAAGAAAUGCGUGAUGAUGAGCUGAUAUAGUAAAAACACUAUUGAUAUCAUUGCGGUUAUCGUUGUGCUCAAUUUAAGUUAAGGGCAUUGGGGUGGUUCAGUUGUUUCUUCAUCAUUUCUAUUUAUUGUGGCAUUUUUAUUUCUUGGUCCUGAUUAGUCUCAGGACGAUGUUCAGUUGUGAUCCUUACAAAUCAUAAGAAGCUGUCGGGCAUUAACUUUCGUUGACAUUCACUAAAGUCUGUUUGUUUGUUUGUUUGUAUGGUGUUUUAACGUUGCAUGGAGCCUGUGGUUAUUCAGCAACGGGACCAACGGCUUUACGUGACUUCCGAACCACGUCGAGAGUGAAUUUUUAUCACCAGAAAUACUCAUCUCUCACUCCUCAAUGGAAUGCUCGAGAAUCGAACUCGCUGCCACCGAGGUGGCACGCCAACACCAUACCAACCACGCCACUGAGGCGCUUCACUAAAGUCUGGAUUAUUUGUUAUGAAUCUCUUGAAUAGCAGUGAUAUUUCCAUCAUUCAUUAUGUAUUUCCUUCAUGAAGAGGCUUUUCUCAUUAUAAAUAAGAGUAGCUUCAGUUUCGUUUUUAAAAUUAAUUUCAUUU